GCCGAGGGUCAUCUUAGCCGAGACUGCACCGCUGCUCCGAAGCCCAAGUCUUGCUACAAAUGUCAAAUAGGUGGCAAUGAAGGACAUCUUGCUCGUGACUGCCCGCAGGCUCCACCAGCCGGUGGCGCAGGCGGUGGUUGGGGCGCUGCAGGCGGGAACACUUAUGGCGGAGGGCCUGCUCGAGAAUGCUACCGAUGUGGCGGACAAGGCCACAUAGCACGUGAUUGCACCUCUGGCGCCCAAGGCGGGUAUGGUGGCGGUUUCACCCGUAGUGGCGGUGGUGGCGGUGGUGGCCAGACAUGCUAUUCUUGCGGUGGGAUUGGUCACAUGUCACGUGACUGCACUCAAGGCCGAGCUCAGAAGUGCUACAAUUGCGGCGAGCAAGGUCAUUUAUCUAGGGACUGUCCGUCUGAAGCUAGCGCCGAGCGCAUCUGCUACAAAUGCAAGCAGCCAGGUCACCUACAGUCAGCUUGCCCAAACUAG